AUGCUGAAAGGGUGGAGCAUUUUUCAUUUUCCAGCUAGAAACUUGAACUUGGCACUGAACUCCGCUUCUGCCAUUGGGUGUCACGUUGUGAACAUUGGUGCAGAAGAUUUGCGGGCGGGGAAACCUCAUCUGGUUUUGGGACUGCUCUGGCAGAUUAUUAAGAUUGGCUUGUUCGCUGACAUUGAAUUAAGCAGGAAUGAAGCUCUGGCGGCUUUGCUUCGAGAUGGUGAGACUUUGGAGGAGCUUAUGAAAUUGUCUCCAGAAGAGCUUCUGCUGAGAUGGGCCAACUUUCAUCUGGAAAACUCAGGCUGGCAAAAGAUCAACAACUUCAGUGCUGACAUCAAGCUUCUUGACUUCAGUAAUUCAGUGAAGGACUCCAAAGCCUAUUUCCAUCUGCUCAACCAAAUUGCACCAAAAGGACAAAAGGAAGGUGAACCACGGAUAGAUAUCAACAUGUCAGGUUUCAAUGAAACAGAUGACUUGAAGAGAGCGGAAAGUAUGCUUCAACAAGCAGAUAAAUUGGGUUGCAGACAGUUCGUUACCCCUGCUGAUGUUGUCAGCGGAAACCCCAAACUGAACUUAGCUUUUGUAGCUAACCUCUUUAAUAAAUACCCAGCGCUUACUAAGCCUGAAAAUCAGGACAUUGACUGGACUCUACUAGAAGGAGAAACUCGUGAAGAAAGAACUUUUCGUAACUGGAUGAACUUUCUUGGUGUUAAUCCUCAUGUAAACCAUCUCUAUGCUGACCUGCAAGAUGCCCUGGUCAUCUUACAGCUUUAUGAACGAAUUAAAGUUCCUGUGGACUGGAGUAAAGUUAACAAGCCUCCAUACCCAAAGCUGGGAGCCAACAUGAAAAAGUUAGAAAACUGCAACUACGCAGUUGAAUUAGGGAAGCAUCCAGCUAAAUUCUCCCUGGUUGGCAUUGGAGGACAAGACUUGAAUGAUGGGAACCCAACUUUAACCUUGGCUUUAGUCUGGCAGCUGAUGAGAAGAUACACCCUUAAUGUUCUGGAAGAUCUUGGAGAAGGUCAGAAAGCGAAUGAUGACAUCAUUGUAAACUGGGUGAACCGAACACUGAGUGAAGCUGGAAAGUCAACUUCCAUUCAGAGUUUUAAGGACAAGACGAUCAGCUCCAGUUUGGCAGUUGUGGAUUUAAUUGAUGCCAUCCAGCCAGGCUGCAUUAAUUAUGACCUUGUUAAGAGCGGGAAUCUUACUGAAGAUUUCAAGCACAAUAAUGCCAAGUAUGCCGUGUCAAUGGCUAGAAGGAUCGGAGCCAGAGUGUAUGCUCUCCCUGAAGACCUUGUGGAAGUAAAACCCAAGAUGGUCAUGACCGUGUUUGCAUGUUUGAUGGGCAGGGGGAUGAAGAGAGUACUUAGUGCCUUGUUCCUAACACCCUCCUGCUUUCAUCGGCCCACUGCUGAGAUUACAGUCCACGAAUUGGAAUUUGAUUCUGAGGCUCCUCCCCGGUGGUCCAGAUUGGCAUGCAGUGGUUGCAAUGGCCUGCAGGCCUGCAAGCAGAGCUCCCCUGGAACCAAAGGCAGAGCCUUCAUGGGCUGGCCUAAGCACAAAGCCCAGUGUGGCGGAGAAGCCUUUGAGGUCCAUGAAGCCCAUCUCUGCACAGAACUCCUCCACCCCCUCAGGGUCCACAGGCCCUUGGAUCCCUUGCAGCAGGCCUAG